AUGCCCUAUGUUGGACAACUAAGAACAGCCAAUGAAUUAAUGGAAGAUGGAGCAGCAGCUAUAAUCGGAAGGAAAGAAAAUGUUAGAGGAAUCAAAGGUCUUUCACCACUACUUAAAUUACCGGAAAAUCCAGCGGACUGUGCUUCAAGAGGCAUCACAGCCAAUCAAUUAAAAGAUUACUCGCUGUGGUGGAGGGGACCCACCUGGUUAGCUGAAAAUCAAGAAAACUGGCCAGUAAAUUCACCACCAGCUGACGAGGCUUGUAACUUAAAAGCUCGUCCUGGAAUUUCACUCAUAGCAGCAAUUCAAGAUACAAUAAUGGGACUUGUUGACAUCGAAAAAGCGAGAAUCUUCUGGAUAAAGUCUACUCAAGCAGCACAUUUUCACCAAGAAAUCAGGACUUUAUCCAACAAUCACCAUCUUCCACCAAACCAUUCAUUCGACAGACUCACAGCAUACGUUGACUCAGAAGGAGUUCUACGAGUAGGAGGACGACUUCAGCAUGCUCAGUUGAGUCAUGAUUCAAAACAUCAAUCAAUUUUACCUCGACAUUCACCAUUCACCACUCUUGUUAUUAGACAUUAUCAUUUAACCACACUACAUGGUGGCACUCAACUUACACUCACAACAAUUAGACAACAUUACUGGAUCAUAGGUGGAAGAGCUCCAGUAAAGACAUUCAUUCUUCAGUGCAUCGAAUGUGCUCGACAAAGAGGCAUAAGAGCACAACAACUCAUGGGCCAAUUGCCACAAUCACGUAUCACUCCUUCACGGCCAUUCUCUCAUACUGGCAUAGACUAUGCUGGGCCAUUCAUAAUCAAAACAUCAUCAGGCAGAGGAGCCAAGACUAGAAAAGCUUGGGUCUGUGUAUUUGUCUGCAUGUCAACUUCUGCAGUUCAUUUGGAAGCAGUUAGUGACUAUUCAACUGAAGCAUUCAUUGCUGCCUACAGGAGAUUCACCUCUAGACGAGGAUUAUGCCAGACAAUCUAUUCUGACUGUGGCAGAAAUUUCAUAGGAGCUGAUAUAGAACUCAAAAAAUUAUUCACACAAUUCACCAGAGAGCAUGAGGUCAUCUCUAGAUUCAUCAUCACCAACGGCAGUCAAUGGUCAUUCAACCCACCUGCAGCACCACACAUCAGUGGCAAGUGGGAGUCAGUAGUGAAAUCACUUAAAUUUCAUUCGACGAGAACAGUAAAAGAAUCGCUCUUCACGUUUGAAGAGAUCACCACACUACUGACACAAAUAGAAGCCAUUCUCAACUCAAGACCUCUAGAGCCAAUCAGUGAUGACCCAGAAGACAUUCAAGCACUCACUCCUGGACACUUUCUUAUUGGGUCAGCACUCAACACUGUUCCUGAACCAUCAACCUCAGAACCUGCACAUUCAAUUCAAAAUCGAUGGUGGAUGAUUCAACGACAAUCACAGCAGUUAUGGUACAGGUGGUCACAAUCUUACUUACAAAAAUUACAAGCUAUUUCUAAGUGGUUUUUCAGGAACAGAACAAUUCAAGUUGGUGCAUUAGCCUUGCUAACUGAUGAAAGAUUUCCCCCCACGAAAUGGCCACUCGUGAGGAUCAUACAAUUGCACCCAGGGCAAGACGGGCUGCCACGAGUAGCAACGGUGAAGACACCAACAACGACGUUGGUCAGACCAAUCGUCAAGCUAGCUAUUCUACCGAUCAAUCCAACUCCUGAAGCCCAGCAGCAGAAUCAACCAGAAGACAAUCAUUAA